GGAUGCGCGGGCAGCUGCCUCUGGGAGGAGGACACCAGGCCAGCGGGCGCUGCGGUCCCUUCCCGCAGCCAGCCCUCUGUGGUGCUGACCUCUCCAGGGAAAGCAGACCCCUUCCUGAAGCCAGCCAGGCUCGUAAGCUGCGGCCACAGUGGGCUGAGGGUGGCAGGGACGCCCCUCCCCUCGGAAAGCCGGAAAGGGGCUCAGAGCGCAGCAGCCGGUGCCCGAACCCAGGUCCGUGUAGACGCGGGUUCCAGACCGCGGAAACCCUGCAGGCAGCCUUGCGGGACUCGCACUCGGCUCGCCGCCGGUCCCCUGCCCUGGCCGAGAUGCACAACGCAUCCUCUGCGGAGCCGGACCAGGUCAACGCGUCCUGCCGGGCUCCGGCGCUGGGCUGCUCCAACGCUUCGAACCCGGAGCCGCUGCCGCUGCCGCAGCCGCUGGCCGUGGCCGUGCCGGUCGUCUACGCGGUGAUCUGCGCGGUGGGGCUGGCGGGCAACUCGGCAGUGCUGUACGUGCUGCUGCGGGCGCCGCGAAUGAGGUCCGUCACCAACCUGUUCAUCCUCAACCUGGCCAUAGCCGACGAGCUCUUCACGCUCGUGCUGCCCAUCAACAUUGCCGACUUCCUGCUGAGGCGGUGGCCCUUCGGGGAGCUCAUGUGCAAGCUCAUCGUGGCCAUCGACCAGUACAACACCUUCUCCAGCCUCUACUUCCUCACCGUCAUGAGCGCAGACCGCUACCUGGUGGUGCUGGCCACCGCGGAGUCGCGCCGUGUAGCCGGCCGCACUUAUGGCGCCGCGCGCGCCGUGAGCCUGGCCGUGUGGGGGCUGGUCACGCUGGUGGUGCUGCCCUUCCCGGUCUUCGCCAGGCUCGACGACGAGCACGGCCGGCGCCAGUGCGUGCUGGUCUUCCCGCAGCCCGAGGCCUUCUGGUGGCGGGCCAGCCGCCUCUAUACGCUGGUGCUGGGCUUCGCCAUCCCGGUGUCCACCAUCUGCGUCCUCUACAUCACCCUGUUGUGCCGCCUGCGCGCCAUUCGGCUGGACAGCCAGGCCAAGGUGCUGGACCGCGCCAAAAAGCGGGUGACCUUCUUGGUGGUGGCGAUCCUGGCCGUGUGCCUCCUCUGCUGGACGCCCUACCACCUGAGCACCGUGGUGGCGCUCACCACCGACCUUCCGCAGACGCCGCUGGUCAUCGCCAUCUCCUACCUCAUCACCAGCCUGAGCUACGCCAACAGCUGCCUCAACCCCUUUCUCUACGCCUUCCUGGACGACAGCUUCCGGAGGAGCCUCCGCCAGCUGAUGGCCUGUCCCACGGACUCCUGACUACCCCGCGCGCCCGGCUUCUCCACCAGUCCUGCCCUCCACAGCCCGAGAGUGGUACCCCACAGGCAGGAGCCGCCUGAGAGUUGUACCCAUUGAUAGAAAGCCUCGGUGUCAGGGGAACACUUGC